AUGAAUUUCAUUGGCAUGCUUCAAGAUGCUUAUAGCUAUGAAUUCAAAAGCGAAACAUUUUUGCAGGAAUUUGUUGAAGGUUAUAAGUCUCCUUAUGCUGAGGGGGAUGAAGCAGUUCCGUUGGAGAUGCGCAUUGCUGAUGCGGUUUAUGCAGCUGAAGAUGUAAUCGAAUAUCACAUUGUUGAACAGCUUCGUCCCGGUGGCUUAGUCUUGUACGAGGCUUUGAGGAACGUGAUAGAAGACAUGGAUUCGGUGGUUGCAGUCAAAGAAGAGACUCAUGCGUAUUUAAGAAAAGACAUGGAUUUGGAUUUGAUCAAGAAAGACAUGAUGGAGAUCAUUGCAAUCAAAGAUCAGCUAGAGAUACAAGUCUCUGCAGCAUCAGUUGGUUCGUCAACAUCUGCAGACUUUCAUUUCAUGAGAGUUUGCAGAAGGCUGAGCAGCACAACCAUGGUGGGCUUUGAAGAUGUCAUGCUUCAACUAAUGGAGAAGCUCGUUUACGGAAAACCCGGUUGCCAAGUCAUCCCAAUUGUAGGAAUGGGAGGAAUUGGUAAGACCACUCUUGCCACAAAUGUUUACGAAAAAACAGCUAAUAGUUGUCAUUUUGAUAUUUGUGCUUGGGAUACAAUUUCUCAGCAAUAUAACAUAGAACAACUUCUUUGUGAAAUUCUAUCUCAAGCCAAUAAACAAGGGUCGAGCCAAAUGAGCGAAGAUGAAAUAGGAUUAGCACUCCACAAAUGUUUGUCAUUUAGAAGGCUAUUAAAUUUGGGAUCAAAAUUGGAUAGUAGUUAUGGGCUUGAAAUGAAAUUUAUGAAUGAGGAAAGUAGCUGGAAUUUGUUCUGCAAAAUUGUGUUUAGUGGAAAGAGUUGCCCUUCGGAAUUAGUGAAAAUUGGAAAGAAGAUUGUGGAGUGUUGUAGAGGACUUCCAUUAUUAUCUAUUGUUGUGAUAGGAGGUCUUGUGGAAAAACUGGAACAAACCAAAGAGUGUUGGGAAUCUAUUAGGGGAAGCUUAAAUUCAUUAGUGAAUUUGGAGAAUGAUAUGCAUUGUUUGAAAAUACAGAAGCUGAAAUCUCUUAGCUGCUAUCUGCUUUCAAGAUGUGAUUUGUCGUGA